AUGUACAAACUUAAUGCCUGGAUCUGCUGUGAAUCAGAAGCUACAUCUGGAAAGCAGCAAUACAAAUCUGACUCUCCAGGGAUGCCCACAGCAACGAAAGCAGGCUUGGAUGACAAAACGACAGAUACUGGCAACGUGGAUGGGAUAUUACCAGAAUGGGAGAAAAACUUAAAGGAUAUAAAAAUACCUCCUUGUUUUAACAAGAUGCCCCAAGAGACUGGGAAGACUUUCCUUCACUCCAAACAAGUUGGGAAUUACCUAGUAGGCAAAAUGAUCAACAAGGGCUCCUUUGCCAAGGUGAUGGAGGGGCUGCACAUCCCCACGGGGGAGAAGGUAGCCAUAAAAGUCAUUGACAAGAGAAAAGCCAAGCAGGAUUCCUACAUUUUAAGAAACAUGAAGCGUGAGCCACGGAUACACCAGAUGAUUAAGCACCCCAAUGUUGUUCGGCUAUAUGAGACCUUGGAGACUGACAACUCUUAUUACAUGGUGAUGGAGCUGUGCCUCGGCGGGGACCUCCUGGACAGAAUUUGUGACAAAAAGAGGCUGGCAGAAAGGGAAGUAAGGAGAUACACCAGGCAAAUUCUGUCUGCAGUAGAGCACCUGCAUUGCCAGGGGAUUGUUCACAGGGACCUAAAAAUUGAAAAUUUUCUUCUUGAUGAGAACAACGACAUCAAAAUUGUUGAUUUUGGACUGAGCAACACUGCAAAGUUCGAGGGUCUCUCCCAGGAGCUGUUACAUACCCAGUGUGGAAGCCCAGCUUAUGCUGCCCCAGAACUCCUUGCUCAUAGGAAAUAUGGUCCAAAGGUGGAUGUCUGGUCCAUAGGUGUAAGCAUGUUUGCUAUGCUAACUGGCACGUUACCCUUCACGGUGGAACCUUUUAAUAUCAAGCAACUACAUCAAAAGAUGUUAAUUGGAGAAAUCAGCCCUAUUCCAUCAGAUAUCUCCCCUGGAGCUGUACACUUCAUGCAGUCCUUACUUGAGCCUGACCCUGCUAAAAGGCCUGGAGUCAAAGAAGCAAUAAAAGACAAAUGGCUGAACGAAGGCUUCACCAGGAAAAUACUGAAUGCUACCUAUGAGAACAGACUUUGCCCCAGUGAAUUGAAUCCUGUUGUUUUAAACUACAUGACAGAAAUGAUGGAGUUCAGUCUUUCAGAAGUUAUCAACAUUUUAAUAAACAACAGACCCUCUCCUGCCAUGGCUUCUUAUUGCUUAUUGCUGAAGAAACUGCUCAGGUACCAGAAAGACCGCAAAAGAGACCAGGAGGACAUCUUUGCUGAGAACCUGAAAUACAGGCACAAGCUAGAUGCCUAA